AUGCUCCGCUUUCCUUCGCGCGUCUUGCGCCACGCGUAUCUCUUCACCACAAUCCACCAGUCACCUCUUUCUAAUGUGCUGAGAUAUGGUCCAUUGCAGUCGCGCAGUAUGGGUACUUUUUCAAAUCUAAAGAAUCAAAUUAAAAACGAGAUGGACAAGAACGAGGAGCUUAAGAAUUAUUUUGAGGAAUUGGAGAAGACUAAGGAGCAGUAUAAGAGUGUGGAAAAGGUAGCCAAGACUAAAAUGAGUGAGAUGAGCUCUAUAACCAAGGUAGCGGCCAAGAGCUUUCAAGAGCAAGCCUCUCAGGCCUCACAGAAUAUAAAAGAAUCGUAUGAGAACACUACGAAGGUCUCUAAAGCUGCCAAAGCCGAGACGAAAGCUUGCUCAAAACACACUGACACGAAGUGCGAUUGCGAGACUGAGAAGUUCAAGAAGGAUGGUGAGGAUUCUGAGGGGACGAACGAAACAAUUGAUGGAGCUCGUGAGUUUGUGAAGAACUUUUUUGCCAGCAUUGGCAUUCAAAAAAAUAGACUUGUUCACCCUAACAAGUUGUUUAAAUUGCGUGACGAGUGGAUGGAGGCCGCACAAGAGCUUUUUGGUAAAACAGAAAAGAAGACGGUGGACGAGGCUUUGGCCUCGGUCCGCACGCCGUCCAUUGAAAAGGUAAAGAAGGCAGAGGUCGAUGACGACGAGCAUGCUGAAUACACAGGAACUAGUGCAUUGGUAGCUGUGAAGAACGAGGAGAGCGCGUGGCAGCGUGUAAGUGCUCGUUUCCGUGAAGCACCGAUAAUUCAGGGUAUUCUGAAUGCAGCGAAGCAGGCGGCGAAAACAGAUGCAGGUAAGAAGGUGCAUCAGACGACGAAGCAGGUAAAGGACAAGCUUAGUGACGCUCAAGAAGAAGUUUUGGAAGUCUGGGAAACCAGUCAAAAUCCUUGGGUAUACCGACUGUCGUCAAUCUACGACGGACUUUUCGGCGAGACUCCCAUGGGUGUUGCAAUCAAAGAAAUUCGUCGCGCUGAGCCGGACUUUAUUUUGGAAGAAUGGAAAAAGAAUAUUGAGGAGAUUGUCUUACCGGGAGUGCUGGAGGCGUUUUUGCGAGGCAACAGCCGUGACUUGAAGAAAUGGUUCGGCGAGGCAGCAUAUUCGCGUGUGAAUAUUGCUAUUCGCGAGCGCAAGUCUGAGGGGUUGGUUUUAGAUCCGCAUGUGCUCAGCAUUGACAAUGUGGAAGUAAUUGAGGCUACGGCUGAAGAUAAGCAAGCUCCAAUUAUUUUGAUGCGAUUCCAAGCUCAACAGAUUAACUGUAUUCGCAACCGGGAGGGUGAAAUUGUUGAAGGAUCCGAGGACGAGGUGCUGGCUUACUACUACAUUUUUGCCUUCCAGCGUGACUACGACGAGGAGCAGGAAUCCCUCCGCUGGAGAGUCGUGGAUCUUCACAUGCAGCGUGGCAACCGGACAAGCAACGAAACGCUGCAGAAAGGAAGGAUGGGCAUGAUUAGGAGCGAGCGCCAUUCAAAGGAGGUAGAACUACAAAGUUCUGCAGUAUCUUGCGUGGACGACAUCAACGACGAAGAAUACACCUUGCGCUCAUAUGAGCCGAUCGACCUGCUUCAGGAUGCUGGCAUCAACACGACAGAUAUUGCCAAGCUCAAGAACGGUGGUUUUGCAACGAUUGGACAGCUCUUCCAAGUGUCUCAACGGAAAUUGCUUGGCGUGAAAGGGAUCAGCGAGUCUAAAAUGGACAAGCUUCUUCAAGCAGGCAGAAAGUUAAUGCCCGAAAAAAGUGGGUUUGUUUCGGCAAACACCCUGUACCUGCAGAGUCUAAGCAAAAUAUUCAUCACCACAGGAUCAAAGCAAUUUAACAAAAUUCUUGGGGGUGGCUUGGAAACUAUGUCCGUCACGGAAGUUCACGGUGAAUACCGCACAGGAAAAACACAAUUGUGUCAUACGCUCUGUGUGACAGCGCAAUUACCUCGCUCACGAGGUGGAGGAGCUGGGAAAGUCGCUUUUGUUGACACGGAAGGAACAUUUCGGCCGAACCGUGUCGCCGAGAUUGCAAAGGAGCGAUACAAGCUGGAUCCUGAGGAUGUCCUUGACAACAUCAUUGUAGCAAGGGCUCAUAGCCACGAUGCUCAGAUGGAUCUCAUCAUUAAACUUGGUGUUCUGUUCGCGGAUCCUGACCAGGGCCCAUUUCGCCUGUUGAUCAUUGACUCGGUGACAGCAUUGUUUCGCUCAGAUUUUUCUGGAAAAGGCGAGCUUAGUGAACGACAACAGCAACUUAAUCAGCACCUUGUCCGGCUUGUAAGGCACGCUGAGGAAUUUAACAUUGCGGUUCUUGUGGUAAACCAAGUGAUGGCUGACCCAGGAGCAAAUGUGAUAUUUGGGUCCGCGAUGAAGCCUGUCGGUGGCCACGUGAUGUCGCAUGGAGUUCACACUCGCGUACUUAUGAAGAAGGGGCGAGCAGAUAAUCGCAUUUGCAAGAUCAUCGACAGUCCUUGCAUGCCCGAAGCCGAGUGCUCCAUCCAGCUUUGCACGGGCGGAAUCAUGGACUCCGUCUACUAG